ACUCUCCUAUGUUUCUGAUUUAAUAUGGCGCUUGAAUUCAUGGAUUCUUGCAGAAACACUACCUUCCUUGCUAAAAUGGAAGAAACUGCCGUUAAAGAAGCCGGCGCCGCCGGAAUUCGGAGUCUUGAGAAUCUUAUUGGCUUACUUUCAUCCCAUUGCCACCGUAAACCGUCGUAUUCCGUCGCUACCACCGAUUACGUAACCGUCGCUGAUGCUGCUGUCACUAAGUUCAAGAAAUUUAUAUCUCUUCUCGAUCGAAGCUGCACCGGUCAUGCCCGAUUCCGACGAGGGCCUGUUACAGACCCACCUGUUGUUUCGGAGAAAAAGGUGACAUUGGCUUCCACGGCGGUGAAUAACAGUCAGAAAUACCAUCAAACCUCCGUAGCGACGGCGGAGAUGGGUUAUUCUGCCCCACCGAUUCAGCAGCGGAUGCCACAACUUCCUCAGGUUUCCGACCAUCGGCCGUUGGUGAAAUCGGGAUCUUUUGAUAGGAAGGAUGUUCCUACGACUACUAUCAAUUUCGCCGCUGCUGCAGCUUCUCCGGCGAAUUCUUUUAUGUCAUCGUUGACCGGAGACACCGAGGGAUUGCAGCCGUCGAUGUCAUCUGGAUUCCAAAUCACGAAUCUCUCGCAGGUUUCUUCCGCCGGCCAACCAAAUCUGUCAUCUUCUUCUUUCAAAAGGAAAUGUAAUUCCACCGACGAUUCUCACACAAGGUGCACCAAUUCCUCCGGUCGCUGCCAUUGUUCCAAAAAAAGGAAAUCAAGGAUGAAGAGAGUGGUAAGAGUGCCGGCGAUAAGCUUGAAGAUGGCCGACAUACCGCCGGACGAUUAUUCUUGGAGGAAGUACGGUCAAAAACCGAUCAAAGGUUCACCACAUCCGAGGGGUUAUUAUAAAUGCAGCAGUUUGAGAGGCUGUCCUGCAAGAAAACACGUCGAAAGAGCUUUGGACGAUCCAACAAUGCUCAUAGUGACUUAUGAAAGCGAACACAACCAUUCCCUGAACGUGAAAGAUUCAUCGGCAACCAUAAUUUUUGAAUCUUCUUAAUUUCCACUGUCGAAAAAUAUAUAUAGAAAAAAGCGUCUUAUCUUCAAAGUUGUGAGAGGAUGUAAAAGUGUUAAUUGGGUUCAAUCGUCAACAGGGAAGCUUGCAUUUCACUAUCUUUGUACCCUUUCAAAAUCUUUUUAUGUUGUCUAAGUUGAAAGAUUGAAACAAAAGUUUUUUUUAUUUUUGA